CAUCAACCCAUCUAUGCAGGUAAAUAGCUGUGACACAGAGACCCGUCAAUCUCGUAUUUGCGUCAUGAUCUACAGGGCUGCUGAGUCACCGACACCACGCAGCUUGACAAUGGGGCAGUGACAAGGCUGACUCCGACUUCAAGUAUAGAAUAUAAAACUUACCAUCUUUUCGCUAUUUUAACGCACCAGAUCACUCCUACCAUUCCCUAAGUAACCUCCAUCCAAGGAACCACAAUGCCACCAUCCCUAACCUCCCGCACCUUAGGCUCAGUAUGGGGAGUCUGCGUCGGCGACGCCCUAGGCGGGCCCGUCCAAUUCAUGGACCCAGGCAGCUUCGAGCCCAUCACCGGCCUCGGAUACGUGAAACCGUUUAACCAGCCCGCAGGAUCCUACUCCGACGACGGCUCCAUGACUCUAGCCCUAGCGCAGUCCAUCAUCGAUUCCCAAGGCAAAUACAACCACGCCUUAUCCAUCCAGUAUUUCGUAGACUGGUUCUCCACCGGUCGAUUCAGCACGAUCAACCAUGCCUGGGACGUGGGUCGCUCGACGCGCUCUGCCCUCCAGAGCUGGCGGAAACGGGGCACAGAGAAUCUUCAGUGUACCCAGGAUGUCGUUAAUCGGAAGCUUGAUGUGGAGCAAUCCUCAGGGAACGGAAGCUUGAUGAGGAUCGCCCCUAUUGGACUGGCUCUGUGGCGCGAUCAGGGGGAAGCGACAAGAGUAGCUAGAGAGCAGAGUCGGGUUACGCAUCCUGCGCUGGCGUGUUUGGAGGCGUGUGAGGUACAAACGCUUUUGAUUUGUGGGGUUUUGUGUGGCGAGAGCAAAGAGCAGCUCUGCGAUAGAAUCAACGGGUACAAGUUCACUCACGAUGCCCUUACACAGCGACUCUCCCGCUACAAGACAAUGUCCGACUGGCAAGCAAAAUCGGCGCCGGACAUGCACAGCAGCGGAUGGGUCGUGGACACGCUCGAAGUGGCCCUGUGGGGAUUUUUCAAGUUUGAUAGCUGGGCUGCGGGCGCAUUGGCGGUGGCAAACCUAGGAGGCGACGCCGACACGGCGGCGGCAGUUUACGGGGGUCUAGCGGGCGCCUUUUAUGGAUCUGAAUCGAUACCGACGGAAUGGGUCGACGGCAUGCAGAAUAAGGGGUUCAUUGCGGAGGUUGCUGGGAAGCUGGCGGAGUUUGUUUCCAGCGGGGUUUCGAAUUGAACUGGUUACACUGGGGAGUUGUGUUAGGGGUACUAAUACUGCGUGCUUGAAUAGGGGAUGGAUGGCUGGAAAGAAUCUUGCAAAUGUGAUAGGUAUACUUACUGUGUAUGUACUAUGUACUGUGAAUAAGGGUGUGGGGGUGUGGAGAGACGAUCUUUGCAUAGUCGGUACUUCUUGCGAUUUGACUAUGUUGAUCAGCACGUCAUAUCGUGGAUGGAGCUCAUCCUGCAUCGUCUCACUUCUUUACCCUUUGUAUUUUGUAUGGCCUAGAUCUUCUGUAGAUCAUCGUCCUUUCUGAUUGGAGAUGAACUUUAACUCCAGAUAAAGGGGU